AACGAGUUGAAAUUUUGUCGCAUACAAAUGAACACAUAGUGGAUGUGCUUCCACCUCACCCCCCGCUGUCUUUCUGGUGUCUCUCGGUUCCCUCUCGCCCGUGAGGAAGGCUUGUUCCUCUCUGCAUUGGGGAAGAGAUGUCUGGAGCACUAGAUCUUGCGACGUCGGUGGGGGGAAAGAUCGAGAAGAAGGAGGUGCUGUCGGCCGUUGAUCAGUAUGAGAAGUAUCAUGUUUCUUUUGGAGGUAGAGAGGAGGACAGGAAAUCUAACUAUGCAGAUAUGGUGAACAAGUACUAUGAUCUUUCGACUAGCUUCUAUGAAUUUGGUUGGGGAGAAUCUUUUCAUUUUGCUCCAAGAUGGAAAAAGGAGUCUCUUCAGGAAAGCAUCAAGCGUCAUGAACAUUUUCUUGCUUUACAACUUCGUCUGGAACCUGGGAUGAAGGUGUUGGAUGUUGGUUGUGGUAUCGGAGGACCACUUCGAGAAAUUGCUAGGUUCAGUCUUGCAUCUGUUACAGGGUUGAACAACAACGAAUACCAAAUAACAAGAGGAACUACACUUAACCACAUAGCUGGAGUGGACAAAUUCUGCAACUUUGUAAAGGCUGACUUCAUGAAUAUACCUUUUCCUGACAAUAGUUUUGAUGCAAUAUAUGCCAUUGAAGCCACUUGCCAUGCUCCAGAUGCACUUGGAUGCUACAAGGAGAUCUAUCGAGUGCUAAAGCCUGGUCAAUGUUUUGCUGCAUAUGAGUGGUGUAUGACAGACUCCUAUGAUCCUAGCAAUGCUGAACACCAGAAAAUAAAGGCAGAGAUAGAGCUGGGCAAUGGCCUUCCAGACGUCAGAUCAACUGAACAGUGUUUGGAAGCUCUAAAGCAAGCUGGGUUUGAGGUUGUGAGAGAGAUGGAUCUUACACGCAAUUCUCCUGUCCCGUGGUAUUUGCCAUUGGAUACAAGUCACAUUUCUCUCAGCAGCUUCCGUCUAACAGCACUUGGUCGCUUCCUUACUAAGAAUAUGGUCAGGGUUUUUGAGUAUCUAGGAUUGGCACCAGAAGGAAGCCAGCGUGUGUCUGCAUUCCUUGAGAAGGCUGCUGACAGUCUUGUUGCAGGUGGAAGGAAAGAGAUCUUCACGCCUAUGUACUUCUUCUUGGGUAGAAAGCCGCUAUCCUCGGAUGAUAAUCCCUCAGCUUGAUACUGAACACGUGAUAUUUGCAGCCUCUGCCUUCUUUGUUACAAGAUCUACUCCAGGAUACUGUUUUCCCUGCCGUUCAUGGUAUUUCUUUCCCUUAGUUUCCGUCUUGUGCUUUGUAAUAUGGAUCUGUCUGAGCUCCAUACGGUUUUGGGCUCCUUCAUUUGUGGAGAAUCAUGUAUUACAUUUACCCAGCUGUCAAGGGUUUGCCAUAAAUGUUGCUGUUUA